GUCACCAUGAGCCAUCUCAACAUCAAUACACAGUCUCCACAUUACAGAUCGAGGUCUAUAGCUACUCCAGCUUCCGGAACAUAACUGAGUGUCACUGAACCUUGACCACCUCCUGUCCCUCUACCGUCAGUCGGGCGCUGACCCCGUAAGUCUCCUCCACAAUGACCUGGUGGUGGAUGAUAGAAAAACGUUUGAUAGAGACGGUACGGCCUCUCGUUCCCUCCCUCCGUCGCCUCAUCCCUCUCUAAUCGACCUCAGCUUCUCCGCAGCCCGUCUUUUCACCGGGGCGUUCAAAAAGUCCACAAGACAGUACACCAGUUGCAACAUGGCAAACCGCCCGAGUAUUAUGGGGGAACACACAUUGAUCGUAUGUUGUACACCAUGUCGCCUCACUUCACUCUCCGUACCCGCCCAUCUCCUCACCUCGUACCUUUUGUGUGGAAGACGGACGACUCAUACAUCUGCUCGACAGCCGAACGAGAGGCCGGCCGCGGCGUCAAGAAUUUCUUCAAACUCUUUUGGGAGGAAUUGAAAACAGGCCACAAGCCAGAACCGCCGACGAAGAAAUAAAAUCCUAGUUGCAAAAAAAUAAUGAAGUAAUGUAUGCAACGACGAAGUCGCUUAGCAAGGCGUUGGAGGCUUGUUGCCGGCUUAUAAUUACAGAGGUGCCCGACUUUCUCAGCUUUUUAGACGGCGUUCAUAGGGCCAUCUACUUGGACAUUAUGCAGAAGUGCACGGAAGUCUUGUGAAUGCUCCACGUGCCUACUUCUGAAUCCGCAUGUGCCGUGCAAGUAUACGCUUCACUCCGUCCUUCCAAUGUCCUGAAGAUGAGCGAGAUGAACGACGAUGGCAGCGGCGGCAUCAAGCGACUUUCGAAAGAUUGCCAUUUGCGAGGAUGGGGCUGGGUCGUGAUUGUCAGUGCGCAGCAAUUGAUCGGUCUGGUCGAGGGCGACGGUGAGACCUUGCUUCAGGCAUCGGCUCCCGCCCAGCACACUUCGGCGAGUGGCGAGAUCCAGUACGUCGUACAUGCGCCUUCCUGCGACAAGCGUCCUCGAUUGUCGGUCGAGGACACUCGUGUGGUGGAAGUCACACAAGCAGUCAAGCCCAGUGCGCUCUUCAACAAGGCCCAGUCGACUGACUAGGAACGUAAGACUUGCAAAGAUUGAGAGCUCCGUCCCAGGAACAAAAGUCUACGGCGCGAACUUCAGUGAAUCAGAGGUUCACAAACUCAAUGCGUUUCUUCUUUUGAAAACACAAUGAUCGGAUACAGAUUGGGUCAUCUCAUUACUAUUCCUCCAUGCGAGCUUGACCC